AUGAGCAUGUUGUGCAGACAAGGGGCGAGAUACUUUUCCACUUCGUCUCUCAGAUCGGUACGGUUGAUCAAAACGGUACCUGAGCUCAGAGCAUGGAGAAGAAAACAGAUCGUAGAAAAUAAGACUGUGGGCCUAGUUCCCACCAUGGGGGCUCUGCACCAGGGUCAUUUGAAUUUAGUUUCUCAGUCCUGCCAAGAAAAUGAUAAUUGCGUGGUAUCAGUUUUUGUCAAUCCCUCGCAAUUCGCACCUCAUGAAGAUCUCAAUAACUAUCCCAGAACAUUAAAGUCAGACAUUGACAAACUAGAAGCUUUGGAGAAUGAUAUGAAAUCGUCAGAAAUAAUUGUUUUUCUUCCUUCAGUAGCCGAUAUGUAUCCAUCUGGUAUUACUUUAGACGUGUCCCAACAACGAGGGGCAUUUGUUGAAGUCAAAGGACUGAGCGAACAGCUGGAGGGUUUUAUUCGGCCUCAAUUUUUCCGUGGUGUUGCAACAAUUGUUACUAAGCUUUUAAAUAUAGUUGUCCCUGAAAGGGCAUAUUUCGGUCAAAAGGAUGUACAACAAUCUAUAGUGGUGAAGAGGCUCGUUAAAGACCUUCUGCUGCCAACAGAAAUUAAAGUGGCCAAAACUUCACGAGAGCCUAACGGCCUGGCAAUGAGCUCUCGUAAUGAAUAUUUGACAACAGAAAGUAGGGAAAGAGCCAAGAUACUAUUUGAAGCAUUAUCAGCUGGAGAGGCCGCAUAUAAAGCAGGCAAGACUUCUCGACAGGAAAUCAUAGAUGAAAUUAACAGGGUGCUUAAGUCGUCUGAUCUUCUGGUUGAGGUUGAAUAUAUUGCAUUAUCAGACAAAGUUAGUCUGGAAGAAGUGGAUAAAGUCGAAAAUGGACUUGGUGCUAUUAUUAGCGCAGCUAUACGGGUGCCUAAUAAGGAUGGCGGGAAGACUAGAAUUAUAGACAACAUCAUUCUCGAUUAA